UCCUGGGAGAAAAAAGUGAAAACAAAGAGAGCAGAGCUGGAAGUAAAUAACGAUUAUUUAGAGCCCUUUAACACAAAAGAGAAUCACAAAAUUGGAGGUCUCACCAUCCAUUCCCAUGGCCAAGAAGACAAACAGAAGGUUCCACUAAAAUAAGUUGAUGUUGCUAUAUUGACAGAAGUGGAUAUGCUUAAUCUGGAUCUUUUGUGAAAAUAACCCAGUCACUAAAAAUGAACAAAAGAAAAGUGCUGAAUCCAUAGGGAGUCGUUGCAAAAAUUCAGUAAAUGAAAUUCCAUGCAAAUCAACUACGGGAAAGUACUCACCCCCACACCCCUGCCCUGGCCGCCACAAAAGGGUGGUGAAGCCCAGGAACAUUGUUAGGUCAACAUCCCCAUAAAAAUUAAACACAGUCAAACAAGCAUUUGAGGAUAUGAAAAAUGACCUUCAGUCAAAAAUCUACACACUAAAAAGCUAAGCGCUGAAGGGAGCAGAAUAGAAAAUAGGGGAAAAUAAAGAGAGAGUUUAAACAACUCAGGAAGAAAUAGAAGAAAAGGACGGAAUUAUCUCAGAGAUACAGACUAAAUUGCAAAGGUACCAUAUCCCUCCCGUGAGACCCAUCCACACCAUGUUGAAAAUUCUCCAACAAACUGAAAACACCCAGAAACCUGCCCAGGGAUGUUCAUCGUAGUUCAUUCAUAACUGCCCAAACUCGGAAGCAACCAAGGUGUCCUUCUGUAGAUUUAAGGAUUGAGGACCGUGGUGUGGGGAAUGAAAACCGUGGUUCGCAGGACACCUGGACAUUGAGGACAUGAGUGACACCAAAGAGCUGGGUCUCCUGGAGGAGGAACAGCUGACAGGCAGCAGCUGUAGAUUUUUUGCAAGACACAUGGGAUCCCAGAAGACUCCUGGGCCCAGAAGCUCUGCAGGGUGUCUGGGCCGCGGCCCCCUGGUGCUGCCGUUCCUGGCCUUCCUGCUCCUUGCUGUGCUCCUGGUGACCAUCGUCGUCCAAGUCUCCAAGCUCCCCAGCUUCCUGGGGCAGGAGCACUCCAGGCAGGACGAGAUCUACGAGGAACUGAGCCAGCUGAAGGCUGCAGUUGGUGAGUUCCCAGAGAGAUCCAGGCAGGAGAAGAUCUAUCAGGACAUGGCCCAGCUGAAGGCUGCAGUCGACCACCUGUGCUGCCCCUGUCCCUGGGACUGGACAUUCUUCCAAGGAAACUGUUACUUCUUCUCCAACUCCCAACGGAACUGGCACGACUCCAUCAGCGCCUGCCAGGACGUGGGGGCCCAGCUGGUGGUCAUCAAAGGCGAUGAGGAGCAGAACUUUCUACAGCUGCAGAGUUCUUGGAGGAACCGCGUAUCCUGGAUCGGGAUGUCAGACAUGACCCAGGAAGGCUCGUGGCAGUGGGUGGACGGCUCGCCUCUUCCGCCCAGCUUCACCAAGCACUGGAACAGCGGGGAGCCCAACAACAUUGGGGAGGAAGACUGUGUGGAAUUAUUCAGCAAGGGGUGGAAUGACAGCCAGUGUAAUCAUGCCAAAUUCUGGAUCUGCAAAAUGUCUGCGGCCUCCUGCCCCAGCGAGCAAGGGCGGGUUCCCGCCUCCACCGCUGCCCCAACCCUGUCUGCUCAAUAGCAGAACGUCCCCCACUCUUGGGGCGGGGUGCCUUCUCCUUGCCCCCAGACCUUAACAACGCCCUGGGUCUGCUCUCUGUAAGAUUCCUCCUCCCCCAUGGGCCCGGGUCCCCUUCUGUCCCUCCUCCGAUGCCUGGGGGUCCUCCUAGGUCAGAGGUCGCGCUUCCUGCCCAUCCCGGGAGCUUUCACAGUGGCCUGGUGUGGGCACACGCAGGGGCGGGUGUGCUCUGGCAAUCGACUCUCCUCUCCAAGAUCAGAACGUUUGAGUGGCCAUGUGUACCUGCCAUGCCCCCGGGCUUCACCCCUUCUUCCGCUCCCCUUCCACCUGCCAUGCCCUGCACACCUUUGACCGAGCACUUGCUGCUACAAGAAGGCAUCUUGCAGCUGGGAGCGCCAGGGAAUGAAAUGCCCGGUUACCCAGUGACACCCAUAGAUAGCAUGGCACCCCCAACACCCCCCACAUCUAUCUAUUUUGUUGUUGUUCCUGCAUCUCUUCUGUUUGACUGUUCCUGAGUUGCAUCCUUUAUAAUAAAUUGAUACA